CCAACAUGGCGGGUGAGUCCACGCUCUCUCUCAGUGUCGCCAGGAAAGCUUAGAGGACAAGCUGCCGAAAUGCCUUCGCUCACGGCUGAUGGUGUAUCUGGCAUAGCUAAAAGCUCCCUCCAACACUAUGUUAUUGAUAGUAAUGAAGCUCUGGAAUUUAAGCUAGUGCGGACAGCAGCUGACCUCGAAGAUGAUGAGACUACAUUCAAACCUGACAUGUCUCAUCAGGUUUACGGUGACAGUGAACAGAUCUUUGGAUAUAGUGGUUUGCGUGUGAAAUUGUACUACAGUGCAUGCAGGCUUACCACGUACCUGGCUCAUACUUAUGCAGAAAAGGUUGAUCCAGAAAAAUUUGAUGGUGUUCAGCCAGAUGAAGUUAUCAAACCAGUUGCAGAGAGGAUUCCACCAGGCUACUUAACAAACUUAAAUGACUUCACAGCAGCCCUUCAGAAAGAUGCCACUUUCAAACCAUUUGGUGAUAUGUUGCAUAGAUUUACUGUUGCAACAGAGGAUGGACAAGGAAAAACCUAUGAAGUUUAUUACUGUGACAUAUCAACCUCAGGAUGGAUAGACUUCCAUGAACGACUUCAGACAUUUAUUCUAUGGUAUAUUGAUGCUGCAUCUUAUAUUGAUGUCGAUGAUGAUAAAUGGAGAUUCUUUGUUAUAUAUGAAAAGUACAUGGUGAAUGGAAUCCCAAAUUAUGCAGUUGCAGGUUAUACUACUGUAUAUGAAUAUUAUGCAUAUCCAGCCAACAUCAGACCUCGCAUUUCACAAAUGUUGGUUCUUCCUCCAUUUCAACGUUUGGGCUUGGGUGCACAGAUGUUAGACAUCAUAUACAACCAUUACAAGAAUAAUGCAAAAGUUACAGAUAUUACAGUGGAGGAUCCCUCAGAUAACUUUGUUCGCUUGCGAGACUUUGUCGACUCCAAAAAUUGCUUGAAAAUGGACUCAUUCCAGCCAUCAAAGCUGACUGAAGGAUUCACUGAAGCCAUGGCCAAAGAAGCUCAAGAGAAGUUAAAGUUAAAUAAAAAACAAGUUAGACGUGUGUACGAGAUCCUCAGACUUCACAUAACAAACCGAUCAGAUAAAGAAUCUUACAGAAGAUACAGAUUGGAAGUUAAGAACCGGCUUAAUGUUCAGUACCAGAAAGAAGAUAGAGACAUGGAGAAGCUGAAAAAGAUACUGAAGCCCGAAGAGUACCAAGCCACAAUGACCAUCACUAGCAAAGAACAGCGCCUGGAAAGUUUGGAACGCCAAUAUAAUGAUCUGGAAGAGCACUACUUACAUGUUCUGGAGCGUCUGGCAGCCACCAAUUUGUCUUGACCAAUUUAAGGAUAGCAGCAGACCUUGACUUAUUGCGUGGUCAUGGUUUAUUUUACUGAAAAUUAAUGAAUAGUAUUUUGAAGAAGCAACAGCUCAUACACUUCUUGUGUGUAACCAGUUUGCUUGGAACAAUAUGGAUGGCAUUGUGCAUUUCUGGCAAAUUAAAAUACUUUUUCCCCCAAACAGUAAAGCAUUUGUUUGCUGCACCUUUGUCACUUAAUUCAGUAAUACUUUUAUAAUUUCAGGCAGCAACUUGUAUUAUCACAGAUGACAAAAUUUUGUCAUAACUUACUAUGAAAAAUAAAUUGUGUUAUACCA